UUUUUUUUGUUCUGUUUUUCAGGGUGGGGGAGGUUGCUACUGCUGGUGGCAGCGUUUCCUCCUGCUGGAAGGUGAUGAAUAGAUGAGGAGAGAGGCUCUGAGCCUGCUUCUCUGCUGCGGGAGUGUCUCUCCCUCCCUCUCCCUGCCUCUCCCCUCUCCCUGCUCCUAUGUGAGUGUGUGUUUGGCUCCCCGGCUGUGUGUGCGUGUACACUGUGUAUAUAUAUCUGAGCUGGGAGGCUAUUGCAAGCUUCUUUCAGCUGCGCUGCUCUGUGCAGGAAGAAGGGCUCAGCUGCAGUGGUAGAAUCAACAGCAGCAUUAGCAGCACCAACAGCUUUUUCCGCCUUUCUCCCUUCCCUUCAUCUCCAUCGCCUUUUCCCUCACGCCCCUCACGUCUUUUUGGGGACGCUCUUUUAAUUUUUCUUUUUCUUUUCUACAAUUAUUUUUUUUUCUUUUUUCUUUCCCUUCUUCUGUGAAGGAGGCACAGACACACACACACAAACACAGAGAAAUAAGGGAAAGAAAAGUACCUGGACUUACCCUGCUGCUGCAAACCCAGAGACAGCAGACGAAGAGGGGGGUUGGCUUCUACCCCAAGGUAAAGCCCUGCCCCUUUUACCUCCUCGCCACCUCCUCCGAGAAAAGAAGGAGAGAGAGAGAAGGGGCCAAAGUGGAGAAAAGCAGGUCUUCUGCAGCUGGCAUUUGGAGUACAGGGAGCCAGGAAGUGAAGGAUGGUUGUGGUUACCCGAGCUGGCUGCAGGGCAGCUCUCUUCCUCUGGAUUUUCAGCAGCAUUAGCUGCAGAGCCAGGACUGCUCUGCCUGCAUCUCAAAAGUGUGAUGAACCUCUGGUCUCAGCGUUACCCCACUCCUCGUUCAGCAGCUCAUCAUCUAUGACAAGCAGCUAUGUGCCAGGUUAUGCAAAGUUAAACAAGAGAGGAGGUGCAGGAGGCUGGUCUCCAUCAGACAGCGAUCAUUACCAAUGGCUGCAGGUGGAUUUUGGGAGCAGGAAGCAGAUCACUGCUAUUGCCACUCAAGGCAGAUACAGCAGUUCUGACUGGGUCACUCAGUAUCGUAUGCUCUAUAGCGACACAGGGAGAAACUGGAAACCAUACCACCAGGAUGGAAAUAUCUGGGCAUUUCCUGGAAAUACAAACUCUGAUAGUGUGGUCCGGCAUGAUUUACAACAUCCAGUUAUUGCUCACUAUGUACGGAUAGUUCCUUUGGACUGGAAUGGAGAGGGCCAAAUUGGGUUAAGAAUUGAAGUCUACGGCUGCUCCUAUUGGGCCGAUGUUAUCAAUUUUGAUGGCCACGUAGUGUUACCAUACAGAUUCAGGAACAAGAAAAUGAAAACACUGAAAGAUGUCAUCUCUCUGAAAUUUAAAACGUCUGAAAGUGAAGGUGUACUCUUCCAUGGAGAAGGACAGCAAGGAGACUAUAUCACCUUGGAACUGAAGAAAGCCAAACUUGUUCUAAAUUUGAAUUUAGGCAGCAACCAGCUUGGCUCUAUUUAUGGCCACACAUCUGUGAUGACAGGCAGCCUCUUAGAUGAUCACCACUGGCACUCCAUCCUCAUAGAGCGCCACGGGAGAAACAUCAAUCUCACCCUGGACAGACGCAUGCAGCACUUCAGAACCAAUGGAGAAUUUGAUUACCUGGACCUGGAUUAUGAGAUAACCUUUGGAGGCAUGCCUUUUUCUGGGAAGCCAAGUUCUAACAGUAGGAAAAAUUUCAAAGGCUGCAUGGAAAGCAUCAACUACAAUGGCAAUAAUAUCACUGACCUUGCCAAGAGGAAGAAAUUGGAACCUUCUAAUGUGGGAAACUUAAGUUUUUCUUGUGUGGAGCCACAUGCAGUGCCUGUCUUUUUCAAUGCCACCAGUUACCUUGAGGUUCCUGGUCGUCCGAGCCAGGAUCUGUUUUCAGUCAGUUUCCUUUUCCGAACCUGGAACCCCAAUGGACUUCUUGUCUUCAGCAACUUCGCAGAUGAUCUGGGGAAUGUUGAGAUUGACAUAAAUGAUGGCAAAGUCAGUGUCCAUAUCAAUGUCACCCUAGUGAAGAAGAACCGAAUAGAUAUCUCAUCAGGCUCUGGUCUCAAUGAUGGGCAGUGGCAUGAAGUCCGAUUCCUAGCUAAGGAAAAUUUUGCUAUCCUCACCAUCGAUGGCGAUGAAGCUUCAGCAGUUCGAACAAACAGCCCUCUACAAGUUAAGACUGGAGAGAAAUAUUUCUUUGGAGGGUUUCCUAUACAGAUGAAUGAGUCAGAUCACUCGCUAUUUCAGCAUUCAUUUCAAGGAUGCAUGCAGUUUAUUCACGUGGAUGAUCAGCUGGUGGAUUUGCACGCAGUGGAGCAAGGCCAGCUGGGAAGCUUUGCCAAUGUCACCAUUGACAUGUGUGCCAUUAUUGACAGGUGUGUGCCCAACCACUGUGAACAUGGUGGCAAAUGCACCCAGACGUGGGACAGCUUCAAGUGCAAUUGUGAUGGGAGCGGAUACAGUGGUGCCACUUGUCAUAACUCUAUUUAUGAACUCUCUUGUGAAGCAUACAAACACUUGGGCAAAACUUCAAAUUACUACUGGAUAGAUCCAGAUGGCAGUGGGGCACUGGGACCUUUGAAAGUUUACUGCAACAUGACAGAGGAUAAAGUUUGGACAACUGUGUACCAUGAUCUGCAAAUGCAGACUUCUGUGGGAGGCAGCAGCCCAGAAAAGUUGUCUGUACUGCAGCUCAACUACAGUGCAACGAUGGACCAAAUUUCUGCCAUUACCAGUAGUGCUGAAUACUGCGAGCAGUUUAUCUCCUAUUCUUGCAAGAUGUCCAGGCUGCUGAAUACACCAGAAGGGAAUCCAUAUACCUGGUGGGUUGGAAAAGCCAAUGAGAAGCACUACUAUUGGGGCGGAUCGGGACCUGGCAUUCAAAAAUGUGCCUGCGGCAUCGAACGCAACUGUACUGAUCCCAAGUACUACUGCAACUGUGAUGCUGAUUAUAAGCAAUGGAGAAAAGACAGUGGGAUGUUGUCAUACAAAGAGCACCUACCAGUGAGUCAGGUAGUGGUUGGAGACGUUGACCGGCCUGGGUCUGAAGCCAAGAUAUCUGUGGGGCCUGUGCGUUGUCAAGGAGAUCGGAACUACUGGAAUGCAGCUUCUUUUGUUACUUCGUCAUCCUACCUUCACUUCUCCACCUUCCAAGGGGAAACCAGUGCAGAUAUCUCUUUCUAUUUCAAAACGUCAGCCUCAGAUGGGGUGUUUCUUGAGAAUCUGGGGAACACUGACUUCAUCAAACUGGAGCUGAAAUCUGCUACGGAGGUUUCCUUUUCAUUUGAUGUUGGAAAUGGGCCCGUGGAAAUCGUCGUUAGAUCUCCCAACCAGCUCAAUGAUGACCAGUGGCAUCGGGUCAAUGCCGAAAGGAAUGUCAAACAGGCUAGCCUGCAAGUAGACCAGUUACCCGUGGAAGUCCGGAAAGCACCAACAGAAGGUCACACGCGACUGGAGUUAUACAGCCAGCUCUAUGUUGGUGCUGCAGGAGGGCAGCGAGGCUUCCUAGGUUGCAUUCGUUCACUGAGGAUGAAUGGGGUGACACUGGAUCUGGAAGAGAGAGCAAAAGUCACACCAGGGGUGAAGCCUGGUUGCUCUGGCCAUUGCACAAGCUAUGGGAUGUACUGCGCCAAUGGUGGUAAAUGUGUCGAGAAAUACAACGGCUACUCCUGUGACUGCUCCAAAACUGCCUAUGAUGGGCCAUUUUGCAUUAAAGAUGUUGGAGCAUUUUUUGAAGAGGGUACAUGGCUUCGUUACAAUUUCCACUCCCCAGGGACUAGCAUAAAGGAUUUAGUUAGCCGAACACUUUUGAGUUCUACAGAUCCUGAGAUCACAGCACCUGACCUCAACUUGAAUAAAGAAGAGCUCAGCUUCAGCUUCAGUACCACCAAGUCCCCUUGUGUCCUAUUGUACAUCAGCUCCUAUACCCAAGACUUCAUGGCUGUGCUUGUCAAGCCAUCUGGGUAUCUGCAAAUUCGGUACAGCCUAGGAGGCACCAAAGAGCCAUAUAACAUCGAUGUCGACCACAGAAACAUGGCUAAUGGACAGCCCCAUACUGUUAACAUCACACGGAAUGCAUGGGACAUAGCACUGCAGCUUGAUCAUUAUCCUCCAACAAGUUACAGCCUGCCAACAGCGUCUGACAUUCAGUUCAACUCCCCAAAGGCACUAUUCCUAGGAAAAGUUAUAGAAAUUGGGAAGAUUGACCAAGAUAUAUAUAAAUACAACACCCCAGGAUUCACUGGCUGCCUAUCGAGAGUGCGGUUCAACCAGAUUGCUCCACUCAAAGCAGCUCUGAGACCUACCAACGCGUCCUCUCACGUUCACAUCGAAGGAGAGCUGGUGGAAUCCAACUGCGGAGCAUCUCCACUCACCAUUCCACCAAUGUCGGCUGCUACCGACCCAUGGCACUUAGACUCAGCCAGCGCUGAUUUCCCAUACAACGGUCAAGCUAUAGGAGAUGGAGUUAACAGAAACUCUGCCAUUAUUGGAGGCGUCAUCGCAGUGGUGAUCUUCACCAUCCUCUGCACCUUGGUGUUCUUGAUCCGCUACAUGUUUCGCCACAAGGGAACCUACCACACCAAUGAGGCCAAAGGGGCAGAGUCAGCUGAGAGUGCCGACGCUGCCAUCAUGAACAAUGAUCCCAACUUCACGGAAACCAUUGACGAGAGCAAGAAGGAAUGGCUUAUCUAAGGCCCUGGAGGAUGGGGCCUGGGGUGGGACAGAAGCUGGGCCAGGGUGGGACUGGGAUUACUCUUGCAAUGGGGCGAGAACACUCUGUGUCAGACACUUGAGCAUAUGUACGGUAGAAAGAUCAGCACAACUGGAGGAGCAAGUGACACGAAAAUACCACUGAGACUGGAGGAAAAAAAUUAUAUCUCAAGCAUUUAAGAAAAAAUACUUUUUAAUAUUUAUUUACAGCAAAUUGCCCCUUUCAUAUCCGAGCAACUAAAACAAAGAGCAGUUUUGCAGCUUCAGCAUUGUUUAAAAUUUUCAGUAAUUCCUUUCUAUUUCUGUGGGUGUUUAGAAGUGUUCUGGAUACUUGCUACAAGAAAAAGGAGCCGUUUUUUUACAUUUUUUAAAAGGCGUUUAAAACAUUGGCAGUUCUGUCCUGAGAGCAAGUGGCAGGCCUUUCUUCCUAGCAUUUUGUUCCUUCAUGGCCGGCCACUUCCCCACAGGCUGCCCUCAGCCCCGCACCUUGUCCAUAUCACCAUUCAUUUUGGUGGUGUUGAGCCAGGAGUUCAGGGCUGGGGGUGGGACACGGAAGUGAGGAUUAAUGCAAAUCAUACUCACCAGUUUUUCAGCGUAUCAUCAGCCCAUACCAGCCCUGGCAGGAUCAGUCUUCCUGAGCCAGGCACUUGUUGGUUGCAUACAAUUCCCAUCAGCAGUGUAAAAAUACUCUUAUUGCAACUCCUGCUACCAGAGAGGGUGAUCAUAAAGCACACUAAGCUUUGGGGUUUUUAUUAUUAUUAUUAUUAUUAUUAUUUUGUUCGUCUCUGAGGGAGGAUGAUGCUGUGUGAGUCUGUAGACCUAAUCUGUUCCUGUGUCUUUAGUUAUGGCACUGGUGACAUGAGGCAGGUGUCAGUUUAAACUUGGCUCUGCCUAUGGCAUAUUGGCAUAUACUGUACUUAGGCGUAAGCAGUGUAGUAGGGAAUUAGAGCCAGACUUUGUUUGCUUCUGUUUCUUUUUUAUAGGCUGUCACAGAAAUAAUAGCACAGCUCUAGUCAAUGCAUAUGAACCCACACGCUUCACAUAAUACUUUUUUUUCUAACUCUAGCAUAGCAAUUUAUUCUUUAAAUCCUUUGUUUCAGUCCCUUUGCGAGGAGAGCCUCUGCCAGUAGUGUUCGCAAAGGCAGGAACCUAAGGCAAAGGAGGCUCGGAAGCUCUGCCCAGAGAGCACGUGAGAAACAGAGUGCACAGUGGAGAGUUACUUUUCAAUACAGAGAUUUACCUAUUUUGCUGUCUUUGUAGGGCAUUUUUAAGAAUAGCAAGGCUAAUUCCAAUUGCAGCGUUGCACCCCAUACCCCCUUUCAGGCCUGGGAAGUUUUAGGUAUCAUCUGAGAAGCAGGCAGGCAGCUUGUAGGGAACGCAAAGGGGCAGCCUGAAGACUUAAUAUCCCUUUAUGGCAAUAAAACAGCUUUAGCAUGCUCUCUUACUUUGUGGUUCUCCAGUGGUCUGAUUUGAUAGGAAUUUAAGGCCUUAAUGGACUGGUUUUACAGUGAAACAGAAUGAAGGAAUUAAUGUAUUGCAGGGCAUUUCUUUUGUGCUAAAAGAACAGAAACAAUACCAAGAGUUUCACUUUAGAAGGGUUUAUGUUGCUAGAUUUGCUGUGUCUUUAAUAUUUCUGAGUUUAUUAUACACAGAUUUAAUCCAUUUUUCUGUACAAGAAAGAUUUAUUUUAACACACAUCCGCAGUCUACUACACUGAGCAAUGCUGGCAUCUUUAAUUUCCUUAUAUUUUUGGUUGUAUCUUUCGUUGUUCUAGUUGAUGCUUUAAAAUGAAAAAAAGAAAAUCAUGUCUUACCAGACAACAAAUUUAUAAGCACAAUUUGUCAGACAGACAAGACUGAGUAAUUUGGGUUUUAAGGACGGUAGCCUGAAGUUCUCUUCUGGAUUCAUUGAACACAGACAUCAGAACAAACCAAACUAAUUGAUUUCUUCUGUUUGUGGAUUUGGUAUUAGCAUACAAAAACGUUGCCAGUUUAAAAAAAAAAUGACUGUUUCUCAGGUAACAUUAUGUGGCAUAGAGGUUUAGGUAGGCAUAAAAGUCACCUCUGUCACUCUUGUGUUCUGCAGUCUUUUGCCUUGCCUCCAGUAUUAACUUCUCCCUCUCUUGUGUUUAAUUGAGCAGAUGAGUCUUUAUUCUUGUUUAAUCAUGAAUGUAAGAUAAAUCUCCACCCCUUGGAGAGUAUCAACAUGGGGUAGAUCUAGGCUGCAUCACUAACUUUUGCAAAAUACAUAGCAAUCACACACGUCUUUGUAGGAUUGAAAAGGCAUUAUCUUUUCUAUAUUAUCUUAGGUUUAAUUUGUUUUUACCGUUAUUUUAGUCCACUCUGAAAAACAUCCUUGCCUGCAACUUUGAGUUAACAAGAGAAGUGAAUGUAGCAUCAUUUGCAUAGUUUGGGAUAUGGUUUGCAGCAAAAAGUUACUUACUAAGCUGAACUUAAUGUCUGGGAGGAGAAUCAGACUUGUGUGUCCUGAGAGAUUAGAGUCCUCAGCUGCUUCAUGUGGGAGAGACAGACUUAGCAGCCACAGCGCAAAUUUGCCAAAUUCUGCCAUCUGUGCCUAACCAGGUCCCCAGUGAAGCCAGGGGCAGUUGUCUGGGUUAUGGUAGCAAGGCCUGUGAUACCUAUUCACUAAUUUUCUAAAAGUUUACCAACUAAUCUCCCACAACCCCAUAAGGCAGAAUUUCUGGAAAACAACCUUUGACCACAGCACAAAAAAUGGUUGUAAAUUAGCGUCUUAAAUUUGAAAAACAAGUUUUGAAUUUCUGAAAUCAGGUUGUAAGCAUCUGCGUCUCUCCAUUGACUGGACACCAUGGACCUCUUUAUGUGAAGUUCAUUAGUGCUGUGUUAAAGUGUUGGUAAUCUUCAAUCUUGUCAUUAUUUUCAUGAUACAGUCACUUUUAUAACUCUAGAUACUCUCUUAAGUAUUAGAAUCGUUGUUUCUUCUUAAAUUGGACUGCAGACAUGGUAUUGUAGACUAACAGCGCAUCUCUGUAUAGGCAUUUGGUGACUGUAGGUGAAUUCCCACCUGUCUCCUUUGUAUUUCAUUUUUGAGAAUGGCGUACAUUUAAUUCUAGGCAGUGGUCAUUCAGCAGCCUAACAGUAAAGCAGGAGAAGGCUCAGAGAAGUAGCUUGUAUAUUUUGCUAGCACUAUGUCUAUUCUGAGGACUUCUUCAUCUGCAGACCUAUUACGGAGGUUGAAACAACGUCUACAGUUUACUUCACCCACUCUUAUUUGUGCCAAAAGUCCAUGUUGUUUGACAGGUAUUAGCCACACACCUGUAGUGGGAAAAUCUGGUGGAGUGGAGAGUGGAUUCUGCUUUUAUAAAACUCUGUAUUUUCCCUAAGGAAUAUUAAAAUAGUCAGUGUUUUGUCACCUCUUUUUAGUUGUUUCACCUAUUUGAACUGUGCAGGAAAAUGUAGCUUUUUGUACUGGUUGGAGAACCAAAGUGUCACAGUUGUGUUUCUAAAAGGCUCAUUCCUGAUUCCACGGGAAUUGGUGGCAAAACUGCCACCAGUGUUGUGAAGAACAAGACUCGACUGGAGACUAGAGCUCUCGGUUUUAGUGAAAUAAUGUGAGCAAUAUUUCAGAUCCUCAUUCACAACACACACAGACCACCAGGUAAAGAUUUUGAUGUCAACCCAGCCUCAAGGGGAAGUCCGCAAUCCAAUCUGGUGGUUUUGAAUCAGGUCUUUCACACACCGCUUAUUCCAUAUACUGAUAGAAAAUUCAGAUGUAUUAAAUAGGAAUAUGUAUCUUUAACUGGUACUGGAGUUAUUUCUGCUUUGUUUUUUUCCUGUCUUAAACAUUACUUAUACCUUAUUUAUCUCUUCUAGCAGUUACCACUUCAAAGGCAUGGCAGCAUUUUAAUAUCAUGCUCUUGGUAGCAUGGUGUAUGUGAAAAGAUGGUCAUCAUAAAUAUUUUACUAAGACCGCAAAAGCAGUGGUAUAUGAGGUAUAUGUACAAGUUUGUUGUAGUGAUAAGAAUUCCGUUUGAGAGUCUAGUAAAUAAUUACAUUUUCAUUAAAAUGGUGCCCUUCAAUGGCAGAUGCAUCUAAUUUCCUGGGUAUAUGUUGAAAUGUGAAGCUAUCUCAGUUUGACAAGCAACAGCUUUUAAUAUGGUUUCUCCCUUAAAUGAUUUAACGUUCCAUCAAGCAUGGUGAUCCUGAAAGGGUGUGAUUUUUGAAAAGCAGAACCUAAAUUCUGUCAAUCAGAUUUCAUUAUCCAUUGUAGAGAAAAGAAACAGAAACCUUGCCUUCUAAAAGCAACAGCAUGUAAACUAGAAUGAAAGAAGGACAGUGUGUAUGUACACCUAAUAUCUUCUGUGAAUGUCUUUUCAUCUAACUAAUGUUCUAUUAGAAACCAGAUUGGUAAAUUAAAACAAACAAACAAAAAAAGUAGUUUUAAUUACCCUAACAGCUGUUUCCUCAUACUUUGUAUAUUCUGAUUUUUGUCUAUAUUUUUCCUACCAGGAAGUCAGUUUGGAAAGGCCAGAAGUUGGAAAGGCCUCUUAAGAAAAGACCCAAAAUACAUGAGAACAGGGACCUCAGAACACAGUUAUACAUCAGAAGAGAGGGUGCUAAAACCAGAGAAGAUGUACUGAAGUGCAUGUAUGUUCAUCCUGCAUGAUGCAACCCUGACUGCCUUUCUGAGAUUUUUCCCUUUCUGAUCACUUUGCAGAUCUCAGCAAGCACUCUGCCAUCAGUUCCGCUCACAUUUAUUAUUGCAGGCUCUGUAGUAUUGCCAGCUUCACAAGACUUACUACAAAUGGCUGAGUGUGGGUCGUUUGCCUUCCUUUCCUACCAUAGCUCUGUCCUUUCCUUUGUGAAUGUGAGCCUUUUAUUGAAGUUGUCAAGAAAAACGUAUACCUGGGUCAACAGACUUACUUCUGUUCCUUUUACAAACUACCUUAUGAGGCUUUAAAAAGUUUUUAUGAUGUGAAGCAUUUUAUAAAAGAAUUAUGUUAAGUGCACUUGAAUGGGAGAGCAUGAAAUCUAAGCAAAGAAGCAUCAGUGUGAAUUGCUUUAACCACCAACCCAAAGCCCUGACCCCAUCAAAGACCUUAACUUACUUUGUGGAACACAGUAGUGGCAAAGUCCUGUUGCGAUGCCUUGUGACCAUGUUUUGACUGUUCAUUUGUACUGACUUUUGUAACCCCUGGAAGAAGCGUCAUGCUUUCUACAGAAAUAUUUUUCAUUUUUAUAGGAAAACUCUAGAACAAAGACAUGGGAGCAAAGGUUCAAGUUUAAAUUCCUUCUGAUACUUGUACACUGUGACAUGGGGAGUCUUCCCUCCUUUCUGUCACCAUAUGUGUUUCACUGCAGUCAGUGUGAGUGUGCACGUGCACCUCUGAAAUCUGAGGUUAUUUGGGAUGCAAUUUUUACAGCUCUUGGGUAAUUACUCCUGUAAUGUGGGUCUGUGGUGGAUAAGAUAUCAAACUUGCUUCAAGUCCAUGAGUCUGCAGUGAUAGCAAAAUCACUCACUCUUGAGAUUAAGUGCAAUUUUGGAGAUAAACUCAGACUUUGCCCUACAGUAGUAGGCACAUAUGGUUCCUCAAAUGAGAGCAGGCUUGGACCUGGUUACUGAAAAGCAUUUAUUUAACAAUCCGUAACACGCUUCUUUUAACACCCUAUAUAAGCAGACUUCUCAAAGCACUGUGCUCAAACCAUUGAUUAUGCCAACAGUAUAAGAACCAGGAAGAAAAGUGGCUGAUUCGUGGCUUCUUAACAAAUGAGGUUUUUUAAAAAAGUUACUUCACAUCGAAAAGCUUGGUAUCAACAGGUUCUUUCGCAGACAAGUGUUUAUUUUGACUAGUUUUCUAUUUUCAAAACAUCAUAUGAGAAAAAUUAAGCAAUUAUGCCACAUGAUACAAAGUACAACCAGAACUGGUUUUUGAAAAAAAACUUAAGAUAUACUCUGGAAACAUACACAGAAUCAAGUUACAAAUUCAGUGCAUCCCACUCCUGUGAUGCAGCAACUUCCAAUAGUGUCUGCUUAUGCUCCCACUGCUACUUUUUCCUUAAUGGAAAAACAUCUGGAUUAAACAACAAACAUAAGAAAAAUUGUGUACCCUUUGUUUUACCAUAGAUCUAUGUUCUUACUUGAUAUGUAAUAGGGUAAUAGAGAAUAGCAAAUGGCUAUUUCCUCAAAUUUCAAAGCAUUAAUUCCUCUGUCCCCAAGGGUCAGAGAUUAAUUAUUAGAACCUAGAGGUAUUUAUACUGAUAAUAUUAAACAGCUGGCAUUCAGGAUUCUAGCAAAGGGCUGCUCUAGGAUUCUUAUUUAUUGAAAACCUGUGUCAAGGUGUAGAUGACAUUUUCUAACAAGAAAAGUAAAUUACUGGAAUGGCACUAGAGCAGAAAGCAUGUGACAGAGUGUUUAGCAUCCUGAACAAUAAACUAUACCAGAAAGAAUUUCUUCUCGCCUUCCAGUUAGGGAUUUGGGAUGGGUACAGUGCUGGUACACCAUGUCUGCAUUGCCUUUUUGGCCAAAAUAUUUGAGGUUCUGCCAUCUUUUACAUGCUUUAAAACAGGCUGUUAUGAGAAUACAGCUGAAGACAUGAAACUUAAGGAGGCUGCUCUAGGCUGCUGGUGAGAGCACAGAAUCACAAGUCCCAAGCUCUUCUUCUACCUGCAUGUCUGUCCUUGCUUAGAUAAUUCUCAGAUGUGUUCCUACCUGUCCCUGUCUUGUCCUCUUUCCCCCAUCUUACAGAACCACAGAGUAGCCCAGGUUGGGAUGGACCACAAAAGACCUUCUGGUUCAACCUUCCGGUCCAACCUUCCACGGGAAAGAGAGGCUAGAUAAGAUUAUCUAGCAUCCUGUCCAGUCACUUUUUUCCCCCCACUGGCUAUCAACAGACUCUUGUUUAAGAUAGACUGAAAGAGUCACUGGAGCAAGUCAACAAACUCUUGAAUCAGCCAAAAAGCAGUAACUUUAGAUGACUCACGUCUAGUGGAAGCAGGCUUUAUCUGGAAAACUUCCAGCCUAACAGCCCUCUGACAUUUAGUCAUAGCUUUGAUUAGCAAUGGAGCAACCAACCAAGUCUAUGUAGUAUUUCUUUCAAUCUAUGUGAAGGUAGGCAAGAUAAAUAAAUUUGGCCGAAUAAAGGUGAGGUAGUCAUCCCCUGUAUGCUAAUGUCUAUUUUCUAAACUGCACAUCCUCACACUUAACUGCACAUCCUCACGUCACUGAAGGAGUCUGACCUUGGCAGAGUCAAUAAAUUCACAAGCUUUGUCUUAAAAAUCUCUAUUGGAUAGAUACUUUAAAAUCUAUGGUUUGCUAUCGUAGAGCACUGGCCACGUAUCAGUGGCUUAUUGUAAUUUAUUUCCGUUAUAAAAUCAAGGUCUGUCUGCAGAGUUUUCUUAUGUAACUUGCACUAACAAGACCUUUAUCCCUGAAACAUAAACUACUGCAACAGGGUGAGGUAGCAAAGAGAAAUCAAUCCCCCUUGCUGCACACCCUGAAACACAACCUAAAGUCCCUUUUGUUACACAGUUCCUGGUAUAGGAGUAAGAUCUCUAUACACAUCUAAUGUUUCUUUCUUUGGGAACCCCUUACCCACCACUCCAAGGCCAGCAUGGAAAGAAAUGUCUGACAGUUCUGUUUGGUUUUGUUUUUCUUCAUCUCUUGUUCCCCUUCAGAAAUAUUCCUUCUCACCAAUAAAUUCAUGAUCUUUUACUGUCAUCUUUAAACUCCGUCUCAGCAAGGCUUGCUACUUUGACCGAGGUGAAGCUUCUCACCUUCCUAAAAUGUGAUUAUUGUAGUGGGAGAGUUUUAUGCCACUAAAUUCCUGUCAUCUGUUAUGUUUGCAGCUGUUUUUUAUCUAUUUAUAAUACUCAGUGACUGAAAGUAAAAGUUUGGUUUCUGGCAUCCCCAGCAUUAUUUUAUAACUGAUUUAUAUUUGGUUCAAAAUCAUGGUACCAUCUGGCAAUGAGAAUCUGAAAAUGAGGCAGCUGCACCUCUUUCCAUUAAGCGUACUCGCUUUCUUCUGCUUGGUUCAAAUUUUCCCGAGAGAUAUCAAUACUAAAAUAAAUGCCUAGCAAACACCAACUUCUGUUUCCUUAGAGCCACAAGAUUUCACAAUUAACCCUCAGACAUCCCUUUCCCUUGUGCUUUUGUGGCGUGUGUAGAAGGCCACUUGUAGCCUCUAAAAGAGGACACAAAUAUAGUGACAUUAUAAAAGCCUCUAAUGGUUUUCAUCUCUUGGAGUUUUAAAGGUCCAUCUCAACCAGGGCACCUGAUAAGCAUUCUUACAGGUUUCAGUUACUAGCACAUCCAAGAAAAUUCUCAACAUUGGUUCUUAAAGAAUUUUAUUUUCAUUGCACUAGCUUCUCAGAGACAGAAAAAAAAUGCUUUUGUAUUUGGAGUACCUGAGAUAUUAUACUCACCGCAUUGCAACUCCUGCAUUGUGUCCAAUAUUUUGAAGCUCCCAGCUACUUAAGGUAAGGGAUCAGAGUCGCCUGGAUAAAGAAGGCUAAGACAUCACUUGAUUCCCAUUAACUCUGAAGCCCAGGGAAGUGGCUUUCCACAAACCUGCUUUGCGUGGUCGAUCUCACUCAUACACUGGUAAGGAGUAUCUUUUCUUUUUCUCUGCUUUUCAGUAGAUCAAGACCCAUCAGUGUGCUGGGUAGGUGUCACAUAAAAUAUCUUCAGUCCUAGUGAACUGAACAAUGCAUUGAGCACUCUGAGCCCAAGGAGUUCUCUGAUACAACAGCAUGAUUUGGCACAAUAUUCUUGAAAGGCUUCAGCUCCUCCAUCAGCCUGCUACCCAAUUCGAACAGUGCUAAUUACCAGGAGCCUGCUGGAAAUCUCUGUACUGAUUCAAUCCUAUAUGUGGAUGCCAACUUUAACUAAGAGCACUUCCUUUCAUGGGGAUUAAAUAGAUUCUUCCCCAUUAUGGAGUGCUUGGGCUGUGCUCAGUCUGAAGCUUCUUACUGACAUAUAUAAAUAGAGAUAUAGAGAUAAAUAGAUAUUUUUAUGGAGAUGUUUUAUAAGUGGCCUUUACUUUGUGCAUGGUAAUUAUUGCCAAACUCUUGUUAUUUAGGAGAUACAGAGUGACUGGUUCUGGAGUUUUAGAAAGCAACCAGCCUUCUCUGUUGCAAGGGGGACUUGGGGUGUGGGCUUGGAUUUUGAUUUUUAUUAUCCAGCUAUAAUUUGCAUGGUUUAGAUUUGGGUUCUGUAUCAGUGUCUUCUUUUUUUUUUUUCCUUUCCGCAUUGGUUCUCUGGCAGGGACACACUGGGCUCAAGCAGGAACUUCUCAGUCUUUGAGAGAUGGAUUGAAGCCAUCCGUGUCAUUCAGCACUUCAGAAACACCUGCUUGGCACAGCCUAUGGUGUCGAUCAGUAUGAAAGCCUUGAAACACAGUUUCUUCAGCAGGCUGUUGGGGUUUUCACAGUUCAGUGAGGUGCUCCUAUUUCUCUGUCAUUGCUUGGCAAGAUAGCAAGCUAGCCACAGCAUGGCUAUGGGUAUAUAGCCUCAUGAGCAGAAAAAGGGGUCAGGAGAGACUAGAACAUGAAUGAGGGUUCAGAAGUAUUAAUAGCUUCAUGAACACAGCAGUAGCAAAAGACAGUCAAAAUUGCUACUGAGGCAGGCCAUUUUACUUCCUUUUUUCUUUUAGUCCUUUUUCUUUAAAUACUGUUUGUACACCACGUCUCUACCGGCCAGCCAGCUCUCAACAACCUGGGCUCUUGGUUAGAGUCAGAAAUGCAGUUGUGCUUUCCUGUCAGCCUAAUUCCUGCUGCUGUGGAGUUGUCUGCACCCAGGAAAGGACCAGGGCCAUUAGCUACUAGGAAAGCAAAACCAGCCUCUCAGCCCUUCCCUCCAGAUCAGGUUGAAAGCCAAUCCCAGGGUUAUGUGCCUAAAAAGCUGGCCCAGUUUCCUGGCAGGUGAACCAAGACCUUGUCUGUUUGCAGUUAUUCCAGUCCACAAGUUUCUUUCUUGAGCACAAUUUUCCCAUGGGAAGCAUAACCAGGAUGGGACCGUUACCCUAUUUAAACAAAAAUGUGUAUAUUAAAAAAAAUCCUAAUCUGAAAAUAUAGUGUAUCUGAGAUUCCUCUGUUAUAGACAUUUAGUCUACAGAUUUAUGGCUACAUUUGCUAUGUUAUGCUUGAAUAAACAUAUAAUUCAUUGAAAUACAGAAGACUGAUAAAAGUAACAUGAUCUCUUUAAGGAGAAUAAACUGUUUGUAAAUUUAUAAAGAGUAUAAUCUGUUAGGCCUUAUUUGAAGUAUGUACUGUGGUUUGGUAAAAGUACAACAUUAAAAGAGCCUUGCCAGAUGA